CCCGGCCUGCUGCGCUGGGUUUGAGAAUUUGUCCUCUGCAUGGCACCCAAGAAAGAGAAAGGCGGGACUACCAACACCAACUCUAAGCUAUGGGAGCCCGCGCUUAUCGCCACACACUUCAACCAGGCCGAUUGGAACGGAUCCAUUGCUUUUGUAGUUGGAAACCAGAUUGAGGAUGAUCUUCUCAUUGGCGCCCUCACCACGGCUGUUGAAGUUCCUCAGCGUAAACUCUUCAGUAAGGUAUCAUGGCAAGACAUUCUCCAGCAGAUCAAUGAAGCAAAUGCAACCUUUGGAGCUGCAUCUAAGAAGUCAAAGAAACCCGUAGGUGGUAGUGCUCCUUUGUAUUAUGAGGUGUUAAUGGCAGCAAAAGCAAUCAUGGACAGUGGAGAGCAAUUAACCUUACCACUGAUAGGGAAACUCUUGAAAUUUCAGCUUCUCCAGAUUAAAACAAAGGACCAACAGCGACGGGAAAACGAAAAGAAGGUGCUAGAAGACAGAUUCAAGAUAGAAAAAGAUAAAGGGAAAGCAAAAUCUCCCAAAGAGAAGAAGACCCCAAGUGCCAAGGCUGCCAAAGGAAAGGGAAAGGACCAGCCUGAGGCAAACGCCACAGUGAAAAAGAACACCCAGUUGAAACGGAGAGGAGAGGAAGAUGACCUCAAGUAUUACAUUGACGAUGAGCCAGAUGAUGGUGCCCAGCAUUACAUUCUAGUGGUGGGCUUCAACAACCCUCAGCUCUUACCAAUAAUGACUGAACUUGGCAUCCCCAUAACCAGUGUAAUCAAAAUCUCUUCGGAGAAUUAUGAGCCUCUGCAGAGCCACCUGGCAACAAUUAGCCAGCAGCAGGAAGUUCUUCUUCCACCAGAAGAUAUAGAAGCUGAAAAACUGAAGAAAGAGAAUGCCACUAAAAAACUUGAAAUUUUCUGGAAGUACUUGGAACCAAUUCUGAAUAAUGAGAAACCUGAAACAAAUCUCUUUGAUGUUGCUCGGCUUGAAUAUACUGUCAAGGAAAAUGUCUUCCCUUCUGACUGGUCAGACAGCGAGAUGAUGCUGCAGCUGGGCACUGACAUUUUUGAAGGCAUUGCCUGUCUAAUGUACGACUGCUUGGAUUGGAAAAGGCAGCACCAGCACUACUUGGAAAGCCUGCAGCUUAUCACUGUCCCACAUGCAUCUAGUGAGAAGCCUGUUGCAGAAGCCACGCAGGUUGCUGAGACUCCACAAAUUGCUGCUACAGUCUCUGGCAAGAAGAAACCCCAAUCUGAAGAGCCACAAGCCCCACCAUCAGUUGCUCUCAUCACCAGCAUUGAAGUGGACAUGAGAUAUUACAAUGACCUGUUGAAUCCCAUCCCAGAGGAAUUCAUUUCUGUGCCCUUGAUACUGCACUGUAUACUAGAACAAGUUGUAGCAACUGAAGAAGAACUUGUCCCACCCAGCCUGGUGGAUCUACCUCCCAGAGCAAAUGGGCUGGACCACAGAAUUGCAGCUCACAUUGUGUCCAUCCUUCCCUCUCUGUGCCUCACAGAAGAAGAGAAAAAGAGUCUCCAUAAAGUAUUCUUACCUGAAGAAGAAAAUAACGUCAAGGCCUCACAACCCAAAGGGCCUCUCCUAUUGAACUAUCAUGAUGUUCAUGCCCAUAAGAAGUAUGCACUGAAGGACCAAAAGAAUUUUGACCCAGUUCAAAUUGAGGAGGAGAUGCUGUCCAAGUUGCCACUAUGGGAAUUACUUGAAUUUCCACUGCCUCCACCACGGAACAGCACAAAACGUCUAGCUACAAUUCAUGAGCUCAUGCACUUUUGUACAAAUGAAUCCUUGAGCUGGAAUGAAGUUGAACGAGCCUUCAAAAUUUUUAUCUUUGAGAGCCUGCAACUCUCUGAGGUUGACAAAGAAGGGAAACUAAAGCCAUCCAAGAUGAUGUACGACACAGAUUCUGAGACCUUCAACAUACCAUGGGACAACCCCACCCGAUUUGCUAAGCACAUCAGGCAAAAACACAUCAUUAAGAAGAAUGCUGAAAGGGACAGGGAUAAAAGAGCUUCUAAAAGAAAAGACAGAACAUUAUUUAUGGACCAGAACUUGACAAUGCUCCAGCAAGAUGUCUAUACAGGCCCUUCAGAAUUUCAUACAACUGAUGCUGUUCAUAGAAUGCAUUCUAGCCUGGAUAAUAAGAAACCCAGUGAGAGUAGCGGGUAUUCAGAUGAAGAUGUCAGCUUGAGAGCUCAGUGUCAAAUGGAGUCUUUGGAGCAGACCCUGAGCAAUGAGAUCAAAGAUGAAGCGGUCACAAAGGCUGAUCAUCUUGAAAAGAAACCCAGGAAGAUGAGUGUGGAAGCAGAGUUAGAGGACAUAAAGAGAACACAGCAACGCAAUCUGACAGACUGGAGUUUCACAGAACAUUUUAAACCAAAAAUUCUGCUUCAGGUUCUUCAAGAAGCCAAUCAGCAAUAUCGGUGUGUUGAUUCUUAUUACCAUACUCAAGACAAUUCUUUACUAUUGGUCUUUCAUAAUCCAAUGAAUAUGCAACGCCAGCACUGCGAAUACUGGAAUGUUGCUCUUCACUCCAAUGUUGGAUUCAGGAAUUAUUUAGAACUUAUUGCAAACACCAUUCAAGACUGGAUCACAAAAGAAGAAGCUAUGUAUCAGGAAAUAAAAAUGACUGAGGAGCUCAGAAAGACCAAGACUGAGCUUGAUUUGAAAUUGUCUACAAAUGCCAAAAUUUCUACUAGCAAAAUUUUUUCUGUUAAAAAAUCUAAAAGUAACAAGGUUUUCAGCAAAACGGAGCUAACAGCAGAUCCAGAAAAAGAGAAAGAGAAGGAAAAGAUCCCUUUCAUUUUAGAAGGUUCUCUCAAGGCAUGGAAAGAAGAACAAGAUCGCUUGGCAGAAGAGGAACGUUUGAAGGAAGAAAAGAAAGCAGAAAAGAAGAAAGAAGGUGGAGCCGGUAAAAGGAAGGGCAAGGAGAAGGUAGAGAAAGAAGAGAUCAAGCUGACCAAGAAAAGGUCUCUUGUGAAGGACAAAAUUAAAGAAGAUCAAAUGAAGCUCUCGGGAGCUUUAAUAGAUGAAAUUCUGCAGGAACCAGAACCUGAGAAAGCUUACCCGUUUCAUGGUUACAAUAUGGGAGAUAUACCUAUCCAGAUUUCAGGGUCCAAUUAUUAUCUGUAUCCUUCAGAUGGAGGACGAAUUGAAGUAGAAAAGACAAGCUUUGAAAAAGGCCCAACUUUUAUCAAAGUGAAAGUGAACAAGGACAAGCACAGUUUUAUAGUUCAUUUAAAAAACCCUAAGAAAAUUAUUAAAGAGGAUCAAAACAGAUAUAUAUAUUCUUCAGAAGAAGAGGAUGAAGAAGAAGCUGAGGAACAACAUCCCAAAAUAGAACAAUUGGGAGCAAAGAAUAAAGUUAUAAGCCAAUUUGGAUCUUUUUCUGCCACCUUGGAAAAUGGAAUCUGCCUCUCAAUAAGUUACUAUGGAUCAAGUGGAAUGGCCCCAGAAGAGAAAGACCAUAAUUUGGAAGCAAUGUUAGAUAUUCCAUCAGCACUUCUUCCAACAGUAAUUCCUGUUGUAGUGACGGUUCCUCAAGGCAAAAGCAAAGUGAAACCAAAAGGCAAAGAAAAGGUUAAAGAAUCUAUAAGAGAAGAGGAGAUACCAAAAGAAGAAGAAAAAAAGGAAGAAGUGGAAUUGGAACCUGUCAUGCAAGAGCCUCUUCAUAGUCCCACUUUCCAAAAGCUAAAUGUUUCUUGCCCCAGUGGACUCCUGGUGACCUUCAUUGGGCAAGAGUUUUCAGAUCAUCAUGUUAAUAAUGAGGAUCCCACUUGGGACAUUAUGGUUCGACAGAGCUACCCCCAGAAGGUGAAGCACUAUGAAUUCUACAAGUCUAUGCUGCCAUUAACAGAGCAAGAGGCAUCAAGAGUUAUCACCAGUCAAGGCACUGUAGUCAAAUACAUGUUGGAUGGAUCCACACAGAUCCUCUUUGCAAACGGUGCUGUGAGCAGUAGUCCUGACUCAGGUUCUGUUUGUCCUCAUCUUGUGACACUAAGGAGCCCUCAUAGCGCUGACUUAAUGGAGCCAGUGUCUCAGCAAAAGUCAGAAACUACGCCUUUUGAGAUUGUCGCCACAAAGAAAGGAAAAAGUCAUAAAGCUCCAGAACAAAAACCACUAUUGCCACAAAAGAGUGAAAUUCAGGAACCUCCAGCAGAAACUGUUCAAAUAGUACCACAUGUGGAGACUCACUUGGGCACCUGGUUUACAACCACACCUGAAGGAAAUCGGAUUGGCACCAAAGGGUUAGAAAGAAUAACAGAUUUGGCCCCGUUUUUAUCCUUCCAGGCCACAGAUCCUGUCAAUGGAACGGUUAUGACAACUCGAGAAGACAAAGUGAUUAUUGUCGAAAAAAGUGAUGGCACCAGAAUAGUGGACCAUGCUGAUGGGACCAGAAUCACAACCUUUUAUCAAGUUUAUGAAGUUCUUAUUAGUCCUACAGAUGAUAAUGAAACAAGUGAAGAUCCUCAGACUGUCACCAAGCAGGUGAAGUGCAUGCGGAUAGAAAACCCACACUAUGCCACAGUCAUUACCAACUGUGAGGACAGUAGCUGCUGUGCUACCUUUGGGGAUGGGACCGCUAUUAUUGCAAAGCCACAGGGAACAUACCAGGUGUUACCUCCAAACACGGGAUGCCUACAUAUUGAUAGGUAUUGCUCAGCUGUCUAUUACCAUGAAGUGAACAGUGACAUGUAUCAUCCUUUCCAAAAACAGGAGCAACUAAGAGCUAGCAAGUAUAUCAUGAAACAUACAUCAGACGUGGUCUGUGAGGUCCUGGAUCCUGAGGGAAACACCUUUCAGGUUAUGGCUGAUGGUAGCAUAUCAACUAUGUUACCUGAAAAUAAUUUUGAAGAUGAUGUAAGUGCAAACACUAAGGGGUAUGACAAUUUAUCAACUGUUCACCUUCAGAAAAAUCAUCUGCAAAUCUAUGGUGAACAUGUCCCAAGAUUUUUUGUUAUCUGUGCCGAUGGAUCGGGAGUGGAAUUUCUUCGAGACAGUGACAUAGAAGAAUUCCUUUCAUUGGCAUAUGGAGAAUCAACUUCUGUAGUUCUCCAAGAGCCAGUAGAGGAACAGCCAGGCACUCUGAGCAUCACAGUCCUUCGGCCCUUUCGUGAAGCAUCACCAUGGCUAAUGAAGAAAGAAUUAGAUACCAUUACUCCUCCUAAUCUCCAGUCAAGAACAUGGGACACAUUUCCUUCAGCUGAGAAAAAGACUCCAGGUCCUCCAUUUGCCACUCAACUAUGGAAAGGCCUCAACAUUGGAUCCAAACAGCUAGUGAGUGCCCCAGGCCCAAUACUCAAGAGCCCCAGUGUUCUACAGAUCCGCCAGUUCAUCCAGCAUGAGGUCAUAAAGAAUGAAGUGAAACUCAAGCUACAGGUUUCCCUUAAGGACUAUAUAAAUCAUAUUCUGAAGAAAGAAGAUGAGUUACAUAAAAUGACAGUUAAAGAUUCCAGAACUGAGGAAGAAAGAGGCAAUGCUGCAGAUCUUCUCAAGCUAGUUAUGUCUUUCCCCAAGGUGGAGGAAACUACAAAAAGUCAUGUUACUGAAGUUGCAGCCCACCUAUCUGAUUUAUUCAAACAAUCUUUGGCGGCUGCUCCAGAGUACCCACCAGACCCAUUUGAUAAAAAUUACUUGGAAAGGAAAUUAAGGCAAGUAGCAACUAAAAAGAAGUGGAAAGAAAAGAUAGAUCAACAGAGGAAGGACAUUGAAGAAAUACAAAAUUUUAUGUUAGAAAUUAAGAACAAAACAACAUCGCCCUACUUCAAAUCUGAAUUGAGCAAGUCAUACCAGACACAGUUUAAUCAUCUGAAGUCUCUUUCAAAAAAUCUGCCUCCUUUUACAAGGAAAGAUGAAGAUGCAAAUAGAACAGCUGUUCAAAAUGUAUCUUUUCUUCACUCAGACUCCAAGCCAAAAACUGUCUCUGAAAAGGAGUUUAUGGAUGUACUUACUCUUCCAAAAUCAGUAAGUUUUUUGGAUACUGCAGAGACCAUUAAACAGAACCCAUCUGAAACUUCAGUGACAAUUACUGAAGAACCAGAACCUGGUAGUGAGCCUGUGAAAAUUUUGACCCAGUCAUUGCUCCAGGAUGCUACAGGAGGCGUGAGAAAGGAGAAAGUGCGGUUGCCUCACUACCUGAUGAGUUCCAAGCCCAAGUCUCAACCUCUUGCCAAGGUGCAAGAUUCCAUUGGAGGAAAAGUGAGGACUUCUUCUAUUGCAGCUGCCACUAUUAACAAUACCAGUCAGUCCCUUUUUGGAUUCCAUCUUCUCCCACCAUCGGUCAAGUUUGGAUUGCUUGAAGAAGGGCACACCUACAUGACCACUGUAAAGCUCAAGAAUGUUGGGGUGGACUUCUGCAGGUUUAAGGUAAAGCAGCCUCCAUCCAGCACAGGACUGAAAGUGACUUACAAACCUGGGCCUGUGGCAGCCGGCUUGCAGACAGAACUGAAGGUGGAAUUAUUUGCGAUGGCUGUUGGUGAGGAUGGUGCCAAGGGGUCGGUGCAUAUCUCCCACAAUAUUGAGAUCAUGACUGAACAUGAUGUCCUUUUCUUGCCUGUGGAAGCAACUGUUGUAACAAGAAGCAAUUAUGCUAAGAGACUGAAGGAUUUUCCACAUGUAAGAGAAAACCCCAUGAUCCAGAGGAAUUCUACAAUUUCUCCCUCUACACUUGGAGUCUUCCUGUCUCAAAAAACUCCUCACUAGGUCCGUUUCCUCUCGGUAUAGCUCAACAGCCUCCAUGAUCCGCUCAGCCUACAAAGGACGACAAGGACUGAAGUUGUCAGUCACAUCACACCCCACCAUUCCUGAAUACUGCAGCUGGAAGGCCUGACCUGUAAAUUCUCAAACAAAAUAGCUGAACCCAUUAAAAUAAAGAUAUGUCAACAGAGGGCCAGAGCUA